AUCAAUGUCUCAGAUACAGCCUGGGGAGCCCACCAYGGAGCCAGCCCUCCAAUAACAUCUCUUGGACAAACAGUACUGAAAAAUUCCCGUGGCAUGAAAGGAUGACAGACGCAGGAGGGCCCCAGAGGCGCGCACUGUGUUUUUUGUCUACACUCCUAUCCCAGAAGGUUCCUGAGAAGACAGACCUUGUGCUCCGCUGCAUGAUAUCCGGUGAGCCCAAACCAGAAGUAACGUGGUAUAAGAAUGGCCAAGCCAUAGAUGAGUGUGACAUUAUUUCCAGUUAUGAGUUCUUCAAGCAUCAGUAUAUCCAUGUGCUACAUCUCUCUUGCUGUACCCAAAGUGAUGCUGCCGUUUAUCAAAUCUCAGCUAAAAGCUCUGCGGGGAUGAUCUGCUGCUCUGCUACCAUUGAGGUGGAGUGUCCAUCAGAGAACCCACGACCCCCUCCUGACCUGGGAGAUGACAGGGACACAGGGUGGAAAUGUGACAUACAAGAGACAAAUGAGGAGAAAAGCACAAACCAAACUGAUGAGAGCAAACACCCUUGUAAGGGAGAAGGAAACAUCUUUUCAGGGGCUCCCACACCAGCCGAUUCUUCCUCCUUCAAAUUCGACCACUUAGGCUCACACCAGUUAUUGGCCAAUAAUGAUAUUAGUGCAUCCAGCUCUGAAAAUGCUCCGGAGAUUAAAGGAACAAGGCAACCUGCAGAGGCUGAUGAUCCAAAGAGCACAGGAGAAAUUUUCCUCAAUUCAAAUAAUACUCCUCAAAAACAAGAUGUAUGUUGCCACAGAACAGAGUAUUCCUUGGUCUCCCAGCCAACGCAUGGAGGUCUAAACAGUGAUGGCCCUAAUGAUGAGAUCUUAACCUCUACUCAAAAAAACCCCAAAGCACAGAAAUACAUCAGCUUCAGUCUUCCACUCUCAGAGGCGACAGCAUGCAUUUACCCAGGGGACAGCGCCCCCGUCAACAAUCAACCCAGUCCCCAGGUWUCCAGCGAAGACUCCGACAGUGACUAUGAACUUUGCCCAGAGAUAACCCUAACCUGCACGGAGGAGUUUUCAGAUGAUGACCUGGAGUAUCUGGAAUGUUCCGAUGUUAUGACGGAUUACACUAAUGCAGUUUGGCAAAGGAGCCUGCAGGGGACUGAGCAUGUUUUUUUAUUAGAAAGCGAUGACGAAGAGACGGAAUUCAGUGAGUGUGGCCUGGGUGGGCGUGAGCAUUUCCUCAGUGAAAUGGGUUGUGGGCCUCGGGUGUCGGGUGACACAGGGCCUAUGGAUGCCACCACUGGCUUCUGUGGUUAUCACUCACAACUCCAAGAAGUGGAGAUCAAGAGCAGCGGAGCCUCUAGGCACAGUCCCUCAUCCCUGCGAACAGGGAGAACUCUUGCUUUGGGACCUCACCAGGAUAGGACAGCUUUAGUGAGUGAACAGGGGAGAUGUCCACUCCCCACCCUGCCUGAGGCUGCUGAAAAUGAUUAUCCAGGAAUUCAAGGAGAAACCAGAGAUAGCCACCAAGCAGGAGAGGAAUCUGCCAGUGACAAUCUGCUAACCAUGGAUGAAGCGGUGACAGAGACAGAGGUGAAGCCCUCAUCUGGGGCGUUGGAAAAGUCAGGGAUGAAACAGGGUUUGGAGAUUGUGGUCGAAGAAAGAGGAGAGGAGAGGGACUUAGGCAGCAGAAAGGGCAUCCGGACACCUGCYAGGGUGCAGCGACCGGGGGCGAAGGGUAAAGCCAAGAAGCUGACCCCCAAAGAAAGUGCAGCAGGAGGCACCCCCGCUUCCCCUCCCAAGGAACCCACCAGGCACCCACCAGUGUGGAGCCGUCACAGAGAGACUCCCCGGGCCAAAGCAGCAGCUCCUGGUGGGGAUUCCCACCUCCACACAGGAGAAUGUGCAGUUUCACCAGAGGCAGCGCAAGACGCGAGAGCCCUUCCACCUUUAGCAGACUCUCUCCCCAAGGAAGGGGCUACAAACUUGGAAGGAGAAGGGAUGCCGGAGAAUAACCUGUUUACAACAAGCCAGGUUCCAGACCUGAGUGAUCACCCUCAGGGGCAAAUUCAGGAAACAGCCAGGGAGAGAAGUUCUCUCCGCCAGAAGCCAGCUUUCCCAGAGUUGGCUGGGAAGGAGUCUCCAUUCACCGGGACCACAACGGAUUCCUUCUCCAACUUAUGGGGGAUCCACAAGAAAAAUGCAUCUUGGACCCCAUACCUAGAGGAAGGGGGUCAUGCCAAAGGCCGACAGCAGGAGGAAGAACCAGGCAGAGAAGGCCACCCACCUGGAGGUUCUGGGGCAGAUGGAGAACAUGAACAGAAUACCCAAGAAGCCAAUGCUGGAAAGAUGUCCCUGGCUGGGCCCUCAACACAUCUCCCCUGGGAUGCUGGUGCUGACUGCAAGGAGCCCGAGGUGCCGGAGCCUCUGUCUGCUGCUUCCCCUGGCUCUGCAGACACCAGCCUCCCCUUGGAGAACCUGUGCAAGGGCUCAAGGAGCAGAGAAGCAGCAUGGGUGACAGAGUGUUUUGGAGUCAGCGACCAAGGAAUGUGUUGUGAUACCAUGGAUUCUCCUGUUGGGGCACCAGCUGAUAAAUAUUUGCCUCAAGAAAUUUGCUGCAUGGACUAUGAGCUCACAGAAGGUCAAAGCAAAGGAUGUGAUUUAUGUCCUUCUGAUGACAAGACACUGGCAGUUCUUUUACAAACACGAGGUUCUGAGCCUUCACAGUCUACGUGUGCAAACAGCAAGGACAAAAACACAGCUGUGUCCCCUCUUUUCAUUAGUCCUCUCAUCUGGAACAUGUCACAGGAGGCCAAUGCAGGGGGACAUCAGACUGAAGUAGAGAAUUCCUCCUGCAUCUUGUCCUCCACAGCACAGGAUGGCCAGGAGAGCCCAAUCCCCCUCAGCUUGGGAGGGCGUGGGGAGACACAUCUUCCUUCCUCUGAGCAUAACCCUUUCCUGAACUUUAAGGAAGGAGGUGACCAGAGUCCCAGUGUCCAAGUCACCACCGGCUCACCAGCCAAUCAUGGUUCAAUCUUGAAGCUUUGGCAGGAGAAGCCAGCAGCACUGACUGCUCAAGUCGAGGGUCUUCAGGUGGCCAGGGAGACCAAGGACAAAUCAAUGAGUGCGGUUGCCACCAAAGUCCUCCCAGCCAAGUGCCAAGUUGCUUCAGUUUCUGAUAUCAGCCUUGCAGAUGGUGCCAAGGACAGCUCACCUGAGGCAGCGGACAAAAAUGUGGUUCUAUUACCUUCCAAUGUACAGUUGGGUCAUAUUUUUGGUGGUUCCACAACUGAAUCUACAAAAGAUUCACCUUACCUGGCCCUCAGUGUUCUGGAAGUUCCUGGUCAUGUUCCCCUGCCUCUUGAGGGAGAGGGUUUCUGUGACAUUUCCCCUCUUCAGAUCGAUAAUCAGUCUAGAGAUGUGAGUCAAUCCACAGACAGAGCYGACAUGAGGAGCCUUGAACAGGAUUUCCAAGAAAAAGGAAGUGAAACAAAGCAGAGAAUCCAACUGGACAGCUCAUUCUGCCAGGGUUCUCUUUCUGUAGACGAUUUCCAAGAAAGUUUGCCCCCGGCAUCGGCUGCUCAAGAGGAAGCCAGCAAGGUGCUCUUGGAGGCCUGUCCAGCAAAGUCCAGGGCAGAAAGAAGGUGCAGCUCAGGCCCAGAGACCAGCGUCUUCAUGAUGGCAGAAGGGGCUGCRGAAGAAGAUAGUCAGGCUCUGAGCAGUGUUCCAUCUGUCUCUGAAACACCCCAGGAGCACUCUGGACUAGGGAGUUGGGUAGCAGGAGCCAAGCUGAAGAUUAUAACCCUAGAGGCUUCUGUUUCUGAAAUUUGGCCACCUGAAUACAGGGAGGCAGAAACUAGUUCCAUAGCCCCAGACAAGGCCUGGGCUCUACCUGAUGCUGCUGUGUCUGAAGCAGAUCUGCUGGAAACAGCAUGGGUUCAUGGUCCUCAGGCUGAGGCAGGUCCAGCUCUGGCCAACAACAAGGAAACCUGUGAAGGUGAAGCACCAGUUAGCAGGGCACAUGGGAGCACUCCUCCUUCCCAGGGUUUGAGCCAAUCUAGACUCCUGGAGUCGUCUGUGGACCCUGUUGAUGAAAAGGAAUUACAUCUCGCAGAUUCACUAUCAGAGGCCUCAGAGUCUGGCAGGAAGGAAAACGUUAACCAGGAGGAAACCCAGCUCCAGGUGGACCCUCCUGUCUUCUUCAAACAGUUUCUGACCUCCCUUACCAUCCUAGAGUCCUCUGUAGAUCCUCUUGAGGAUGAGGCAGGYGUGGUAGGGCGCCCCAGGGCUGAGCAACCGGAACCUUCUGAAUCCACACUAGGGGCCAUCAGAGAGGGGAAUACAUCAGCUGAUGGAAACUUGGGCCAGGGAGUGGACAUCUGUCCUGCCAUUCUGCAAGUUCCAUGUCCCCAGGACAGUGGGGAAACCAUUCCAAGCAAAACCAGAAUCAACCAAGACCAAGUAGACAGAGAGAGAGAAGAGGCUGAACGAAGUCAGUAUAACCAGGCAGAGGUGCAAGACCAACCUGCCAGGUGGCCAGCGGAAGAAGAUGGGCAAAGAAUUCCAAGUGCAUGCAGGAUAAGCCAAGUGCAAGAGGGCAGGGGCAGAACUCCAGGGGAGGCCGAACAAGGUCAAAAGGACACAGCCAAAUUUAUUUCCCCCACUUCACCUCUUUCUGGUUGUCUUUCAAUAACACAUGCACCUGUUGGGGUUGAUGUUCACGACUCCACAGUUUAUGAUGGACCUGAAAAUGAUGUUUUUGAACCCAGAAACCAUCAAUACGUAUUUUCUGACUCAAAGGAAAGGGGAACUAUGGAGAACGAGUGUGGGAAAUGUGUGCCCUUCUCCAGUGAUCUUACGCUGUCACCUUGCGCUUCGUCUCCCAAAGGAACCAUCUCUCACUCUUCACUCAGCUCUCGGAUUGAGGAACUGAAAACAGAAGAGCCUCAAAUUGGGGAAACCAAACCCUCAGGCUCAUCUGGCUCCCCCCAGAUGACUUUGGCUUUCAUUUCUGGAGAAUGUGAGUCAGAGAACUCCUCUGAGUUCCUGCAGGACCUGUGGCAGAAGGGCUUCCACUUGGGCAGGGAGGACAAGCCGGGGGUGAAGAAGCCCAGCCGCGUGCCUGCCCAGGCUGGCAAAUUACCAGGGACCCAUCCAGCAGUGGUCACGAAGCAGCAGGAGACCUCGAGYAGUGGACAUUUAGCUGAGGGAGUAAAGAAGAAAAUUCUGUCCAGGGUGGCAGCCCUGAGACUGAGAUUGGAAGAGAAGGAAAAUGUCAGAAAGAACUUAAGUCUUCUUAAAAAGAUCCCUAAGCUCGAAAAAUCCUUAUCAUGCACAGACGAGAAAAAAGACCCCCCAAAGGUAGCUUGCAAAAGAGAAGGAAAAGCUCCAGUAGUAUUGAAAAAGAUCCAAGCCGAGAUGUUCCCUGACCACCCUGAAAAUGUGAACUUAAGCUGCCAGUUUGCAGAAGUUCACGAAGAUUCUACCAUCUGGUGGACAAAAGAUUCAGAGUCAAUAGCUCAAGUCCAGAGAAGCGCAGGAGACAACUCGGCUGUUUCCUUGACCAUCGUUCAAGCCAGUCAGAAGGACCAGGGUCUCUACUGCUGCUGCAUCCAGAACAGCUACGGGAAAGUGGCUUCCGAGUUCCACCUCACCGCCCAAGUUCUCAAACAGCUUUCCAGUCACGGGGAUAUUAAAGGGUGUGAAGAGAUUGAAUUUAGCCAGCUCAUCUUCAAAGAGGACUUCCUCAAUGACCACUACUUUGGGGACCGCCUGCGUGGUCAGAUUGCCACCGAGGAGCUGCACUUCGGGGAGGGGGUSCACCGCAAAGCCUUCCGCAGCACCGUGAUGCAGGGCCUCACGCCGGUCUUCCAGCCGGGUCACGCCUGUGUGCUCAAGGUACACAACGCAGUUGCCUAUGGGACCAGAAACAACGAUGAGCUCAUCCAAAGGAACUACAAACUUGCUGCCCAGGAAUGCUAUGUUCAAAAUACUGCCAGACACUAUGCCAAGAUCUAYGCUGCUGAAGCACAGCCCCUGGAAGGCUUUGGAGAAGUGCCGGAGAUCAUUCCCAUUUUUCUCAUCCAUCGGCCUGAGAACAACAUCCCUUAUGCAACAGUGGAAGAGGAGCUGAUUGGAGAAUUUGUGAAGUAUUCCAUCAGAGAUGGGAAGGAAAUAAACUUCUUGAGAAGAGAAACGGAGGCUGGUCAGAAGUGUUGUACCUUCCAGCACUGGGUGUACCAGAAAACCAGCGGCUGCCUCCUGGUCACGGACAUGCAGGGUGUAGGAAUGAAGUUAACUGACGUUGGCAUAGCAACACUGGCUAAAGGGUACAAAGGAUUUAAAGGCAACUGUUCCAUGACCUUCAUCGAUCAGUUUAAAGCACUACACCAGUGUAACAAGUACUGCAAAAUGCUGGGGCUGAAAUCCCUUCAAAACAACACCCAGAAACCCAAGAGGCCAAGCAUCGGGAAAAGCAAAGUUCAGGCAGCGGUGAAGAAGCCAGAGCCCAGGACCCCAGCAGAAAAGAAAACCUAGCACCCCUCAGUAGCGGGGACCUCCAGCCAGCAGCACACGGGCUUGGGAGUGAAAAUCACCCACACAGGAGACUCCUUGCAGAGUGUAUGGCCGUCCUUACUCCACCAGACUCUGCCCCAAGAUGCUUCUAUACCAGUCACCUGCCGUCUGCUAAAGCGAUUUUGGGACAGAUUUAGGGACAGAUUUAUGACCAGACUCGUGGAGAGACUACAUCAGUCGUCAGCGUCAAAGGAAGUCCACUCUCCGCACACACAGCGUUGGCACCAACUUGGUGUCACGUACCUCUUUGUCUAUUUGCACGUGGUUUUGUUGUCAAAGACUUGGUGCUGAGCAGGGUCCGUUCCUAGCCCCAGUGCUUCUCGUCCCUGCCCUAAUCAGGGUUUCCAGACAUAUCUAGCUGUCAUGGGAACAGGAAUCAUGAAUGUCAAGUUGCUGCACCAGUGUCCACGAUGCUGCUGCUGCUGCUGCUGUGGGUGGUGGCUUCUGGAACACAAGGCCACUUCCCACCCUUGUUCACACAGCCCCAGUGACAAUUUUCUGUUUUGACAAAUUCAUGUUUAAACAAAAAGCGUAAGCUGCAUAUGUCAUCUUAGACACUUGUUCUUUGGAAUUUGUGCCAUAUUUCACAUUCCCCCAGGACUUAGUCAUUUAGUCAUUUCCGAAUAGAUUUGC